UUGGCUGCCUCCGCUCCGCUGCCUCGGCUUUCUGUUCCUCUCCGGCCACCGUCCUUUAGGCCUUUUUCUCGGCUCCGCCGCCUUUCCAUCUCAUUCUUUCUCUGCCGCUUGAGAGAGAGAUCUCCUAUAUGGCUAAACCUGGCAGUGAUGCUGAAGCUGAAAAAACCCUGGUGUAACCGAAGAUAGGAUGAAUCGGCUGCCAGAAGAUCAAGCAAGUGCCCUGGGCAGCAGUUUGGGCUCCCAGCCUUCUUUACGAGAUGUUCAUUCCAUAAACCCAGCCCAGCUAAUGGCGAGAAUUGAAACUUACGAAAGCAGGGAGAAGAAAGGAAUCUCUGAUGUCCGAAGGACUUUUUGUCUUUUUGUUACCUUUGACCUACUCUUUAUAACCUUACUGUGGAUAAUAGAGUUAAAUGUAAAUGGGGGCAUUGAGAAGACACUAGAAAAAGAAGUCCUCCAUUAUGACUACCACUCUUCAUAUUUUGAUAUUUUUCUUCUGGCAGUCUUUCGGUUCAAGAUUUUGAUACUUGCAUAUGCAUUGUGCAGACUGCGACACUGGUGGGCAAUAGCAUUUACAACUGCAGUAACCAGUGCCUUCUUGUUAGCAAAAGUAAUUAUUUCAAAGCUGUUAUCUCAAGGUGCUUUUGGCUAUGUGUUGCCCAUCAUAUCUUUCAUCCUCGCCUGGAUAGAAACCUGGUUCCUGGAUUUCAAAGUUUUACCACAGGAAGCAGAAGAAGAAAACAGACUGCUACUGGUACAAGAUGCCUCAGAGCGAGCUGCUCUUCUUCAGCCUGGACUCCCUUCUGAUGGACAGUUUUAUUCCCCUCCUGAAUCUGAAGCAGGAUCUGAUGAAGAAUCUGAAGAAAAACAGGAUAGUGAAAAACCAGUUGUAUAGCAACAACAGACAGAAAAGCUGAAUGCAGAAAUCUGCUCAGGACUUGCUGUUCUUGGGACUUGAGUAGUGAUGCUCUUGGCUCAUGUUAUUGGAACUCAUAGUGGAAGCUUUUAUUUAUUUAUUUAUUGAGGAAGGGAACUGUCCCUGUGCUCUGUAAUACCUCACCAAAUCUGUAUCGCAUCUGCAUAUAUAUAUAUUGGACUGAAUCAUGCCUAAUAUGAAAAUAUACUUGUUUGUAAUGUAUUCAGUGAUGCUUGAAACUGACUUUUAAUGAUCAGGAAGCCACUGGAGCGUGGUAUGCUUGUGAAUCUAACUCAUAGAUCUAAUGCAACAUGAAAUAAUACAUUACAGCAAAAUUCUGUUUAAUGAUUUGAUUUCACGAUAAAUUGUGUUUGAUGUCAUUAAUUUUACAUUUUGUUUUUUUUUAAUAAUGUAUCUUUUUUUAAGAAAUGAAUUUAAGCACUCUUUGUAAAUUAAAGGAACACAUUAAUAAAAUGUGGUAUUACA